UGUUAGUGUUAGUGCACGGCGGGACCGGUUCGGAGGCUGGUUCUGAGGCUGCAGGCUGGUGCCGAGGCUGGUUCGGACCCGGGUUUGGAGGCUCCGCAGGGGAAAUAAAUUAUAAUUAUAAUAAUAAUAAAUAAACCUGCUGGACCAGGACAGACGGGGCAGCGGAUCCCUGGUUCAGACCGGGUUCAGACCGGUUCUGGUGGUCUCCUGGACCCCCCGGACCCCGGACCGGGACCUGGACCGGGACCUGGACCUGCUCCAGCCGGCUUGGAGCGUCUCAGACGGAAACUUGGCGGCUGAAGUCCGUUCCUGCCUCCGACGUGGAAACUGCUCCCGGUUCUGACGGGCCUGGCUGGUUUUCCGGGACGGGGUGGAUCGGCGAGGCGAGUCGGGUCGUCCUGCGGACCUGGUCCAUGUCCCAGCUCCCCAGAGUCCGGUUUCUCCGGGCCGGAAGCCCAGAGUUUGGUUGCUCCGGUUGCUCCGGGCUUGAAGCCCAGAGUCCGGUUGCUCCGGUUGCUCCGGGCCUGAAGCCCAGAGUCCGGUUGCUCCGGUUGCUCCGGGCCUGAAGCCCAGAGUCCGGUUGCUCCGGUUGCUCCGGGCCUGAAGCCCAGAGUCCGGUUGCUCCGGUUGCUCCGGGCCUGAAGCCCAGAGUCCGGUUGCUCCGGUUGCUCCGGGCCUGAAGCCCAGAGUCCGGUUGCUCCAGGCCAGAAGCCCAGAGUCCGGUUGCUCCGGGCCGGAAGCCCAGAGUCCGGUUGCUCCGGGCCUGAAGCCGGGCCGGAGCUCGGACCUGUCCAAUGACCUGCCAGUCGUCCGAUUCCUCGGAAGCCAUUCAGGACGAGGGCCGAGCCGACGACGGCGCCGCCGCGGCGGAAUCGGACGAGCGGCGCAUCGCCGCAGCCAUGAAGGACCUCAGGAACACGGGUUGGUACUGGGGCAGUCUGACCGCUAACGAGGCCAAAGAGAUCCUGGCGGACGCCUCGGAGGGCACCUUCCUGCUGCGGGACAGCUCCCAGAGGGAGUACCUGUUCACCAUCUCGGCCAUGACGUCGGCGGGUCCCACCAACCUGCGGAUCGAGUUCAAACACGGCAAGUUCAAGCUGGACUCGGUGGUGCUGGUGAAGCCCAAGCUGAAGCAGUUCGACAGCGUGGUGCACCUGGUGGAGCACUACGUGCAGCUGUCGCGCGGCAGCGACCGGGCAGCGCCGGCGCAGCCCCAGCGCGCGGCGGCAGCAGCGGGGGCGGCAGCGGCGCCCAACGGGACGGUGCAGCUGCUGCUCACCAAGCCCGUGUACGUCGCCACGCCGCCACUGCAGCACCUCUGCCGCAUCGCCAUCAACCGGACGACGCGGCGGGUUCAGGCGCUGCCCAUCCCCAACCGGCUCAAGGACUACCUGACGGACUACGCCUACAACGUGUAGCGCCGACGCCCUCUGAUCCCAGCAUGCCCUGCUCCGAGGGGACGUGCAACAGACGAGCGUGAGAGCAGGAUGUCCCGUUUAAAUGAGCUGUCAAUCAACAUGCUCGGUUGUUCUGGGAACUGGUCCCAGCGCUGGCGAGACGGGGUCCGAGCUAACGCUACGGCUUCCCCUGAAGACACGCCCCCAACGAUCCUGGUCGGCGGGGGUACGUGGGAAGUCUGAACAAUAACUCUGAACAUGUCAGGUUUAUCUGGAUUUGACCUUUACUUCCUGGGGGCGGAGCCAACAGAUGGAAGAAACCGCCUCUAUCCUUUUGGAUAGACGGACAGCAACAAAACACCCACAAUGCAUUGCAGUAGAGGGGGAAUGCAGUUUUUCCAUUUGACACUUUUUUGUCAUAUUUGCUAAGUUGCUAAUGUUUUCAGGUAAUGUGACAGAAACUGUGUGGGUCCUUUGGCCGUCGCAGCUCCUCCAAUCAGAGUCAGGGGGUGUGUUUACAGCAGGGGGGCGGGGCUCGGCUCUGGAGUGGUGAUGUAAAUAAAACAAGAUCACACUUA